AUGAGUGGACGCGGCAAAGGAGGCAAAGGACUCGGGAAAGGAGGCGCCAAGCGCCACCGGAAGGUUCUCCGUGAUAACAUCCAGGGCAUCACCAAGCCUGCGAUUCGCCGUCUGGCUCGCCGCGGCGGAGUGAAGCGUAUCUCCGGUCUGAUCUACGAGGAGACCCGCGGGGUGCUCAAGGUCUUCUUGGAGAACGUGAUCCGGGACGCCGUCACGUACACCGAGCACGCCAAGAGGAAGACUGUGACCGCCAUGGACGUGGUGUACGCUCUGAAGAGGCAGGGAAAGACAUUAUAUUUGUGGCUCCGGAUUGGCUGA